GGCGGAAUGCGGUUCACGCGGAAGCGCCUGUGUUCGGCGCUCAUAGCGACCUACUGCCUCUUCUCGCUCUACGCCGCCUACAGCGUCUUCUUCGGCAGGCGCCGAAGCCGUCAAAGUGCGGCCGCCUCUCUGCAGGGCCUAAGGGACGGGACGGCCCCCGGAAAGGGUCGACGCGGCAACCGGGGAGAAUCCUCUUUGAAUAAUGAAGAAUGGAAUCCCUGGGAAGCAGAAGAAAAAAAUGAGCAACUUGAUCCACAACGUAGAUAUGAAACUAGCCUUCAGAUGCUUAAAAAAAAGAUAUUUCAGAAAAGAAAAAUAGAUCUCAAGGUACAGAUCUGGGGCAAGGCUGCCAUUGGUCUUUAUCUGUGGCAUCAUAUUUUUGAAGGCCUACUUGAACCUGUUGAUGUCACUGCUCAGUGGAGAGAAGGAAACUUAAAAGCAGGAAGAACACAUUUCAGCUUCAUCACUGGUCCAGCCCUCUACCCAGGAUACUUCUCAUCUGAGAUCAAGAAUGUGGUGCUUGUUUUAAAUGGAAGAGAAGCAGCAAAGAUCUCUUUUGCCACACAGUGGUUACUCUAUACAAAAACUUUGGUAGACACUCAGAAACUCCAGCAUGUUGCUGUUGUCUUACUUGGAAGUGAACAAUGCAAUAACAAAUGGAUCGAUCCAUAUCUGAAAAGAAAUGGAGGCUUUGUGGAACUACUUUUUAUAAUAUAUGAUAGCCCUGGGAUUAAUGAAGAAGAUGUUUUCCAGUGGCCAUUAGGAGUAGCCACGUACAGGAACUUCCCUGUGGUGGAACCUAGUUGGUCAAUGUUGCACGAUGAGAGAUCAUUCUUGUGUAAUUUCUUAGGAACCAUUUAUAAAAAUUCAUCCCGGGAGACUCUAAUGGACAUUUUGAAGCAUGAUAAAAACAGUAAAUUGUGCUGGGUUGCAGCCAGAGAGGAAUGGAAGCCUCAAGAAACCAAUGAAAGUUUAAAGAACUAUCAAGAUGCUUUACUUCAGAGUGAUCUCACAUUGUGCCCCGUAGGAAUAAACACGGAGUGUUACCGAAUUUAUGAGGCUUGUUCCUAUGGCUCCAUUCCUGUUGUAGAAGAUGUAAUGACACCAGGCAAUUGUGGGAAGGCAGCCACAUCUCCUAGCACUCCACUGAAGCUCCUUAAGGAUAUGGGGGCCCCGUUUAUCUUCAUUAAAGACUGGAAAGAACUUCCUGCAAUUUUAGAAAAAGAGAAAAAUAUGAGCUUACAAGAAAAGAUUCAAAGACGAAAAACACUACUUGGGUGGUAUCAAAACUUCAAAGCUCAGCUCAGAGAGAAAUUUAUUAAAAUUUUAGAACGCUCCUUUUUAGUGAAUAAAAGAAGAGGUUAAUUGUUCAUUUGAACUCAAGAAUUCAGAUGUGAUUGAAAAUGUGCUUUUCAAAACUUUUCGUGUAUGUAUGUAUUUUUAAUGAAAAAUGUAUGUUUUUGUAGUUUACAGUUAUUAGACUACUGAGCAUUGGGGUGCAAUGUUUGCUGUGAGCCUCCUUAUGUCUUCAAACAGGAAGUAGAAUUAAACAUUUUCUCUGAAAGUC